AUGAUGUAUAACGAUGGCUUAACGUCGUUAACUUUGCAACAACGUGAUUUGCUGAGUAGACUAACAUCGGCUAGCUCAGACCCAGUACCUGGAUAUUUAUAUAACGAAAUCAUAGAAUUAAUAAAGUCAGAUAUAUCUCUACUAGGUAUUGUUCAAGAUUACUGUAUAAACAAACUAAGCCGUAAGGAGCCUUAUAUCAAGUACAAGUGUUUAAAACUACUAAAACACUUAUGCAAUCAGCUUCCUAAUGAUUUUAUUAGAUCAAAAGUUACUCAAUCACAGGUUUUACUACAGUGUAGAGGUUAUAAGGCACAGUUUAGUGAGUACAACGGUGACUAUUUAUCUAAACUUAUCAGGACCGAGGUAGAGGACCUCAUUAAGGUCGUCUGCUCGUAUGAUUCAUCAUUUGAUUCAAACAAUUCUAUUGCAGUGGACACUAUGAAAGAUAGAAUUAUAGGAUUCGGAAAUUCCGGGCAUUCAAAUGCGUCUAAUAAUGGGUUCCACUCUCAGCCUAGUAUUGAUUAUCAACAGAGUUCUAAAAUGGUUGGUUUUGGCAACCAGGUAGCUCCAGAUACCUCAUACAGUAUGUUCAGUAGAAAUGGAACUUUGAAAAUGUUGAGUGAGGUCGCAAAUAAAUAUUUAUCAUCGGAGAUCGUAGAGAAGAUAGAAAAGGUUGGUUCAGCGAUAACAACAACCGCAAUGGAACAAAUUGAAAAACAUAUUGGGUAUGGUUCUGCAGACAGAAAAUUUUCUCCAAGCAUUCCGCAACAUAGCUAUCACAACGUGGCCCCGAGAAUAAAUACAUAUGGAACACAUAUUGACCAUAAAAUUCCUAUUUUAUCAACAGAUGAUAAUAGUUUAGUCGCAUCUGAUGAAAAAUAUCAUAUUCCAGGAGAAGAGGAAGUUAAAUUUGCAAAAGAAAUGAUUUCUUUUACCGGAAUAAAAAUUUCUCCAUCUCCACAGCUGAUUGAGGAAUUUAUUAAAAAAAUGGAUACUAUGGAUAAGCAAGUUAUUGUAGACGAGCUUCUCAAACAUUUGAACAGUAGAUCGAACAAGUGGCAAACCCAUUUCAGAAUUUUAUCCAUUCUAGAAUCAUUUCUAAUUAAGGGCAUACUUAGCCAAAGGAUAGUUGAUGGAUUUAAAUCCACGGCAAUUCCAAUUUUCGACAAGUGUAAGUUAGAAUCUCAGUUGCAUAAUAAAGCAACAAAGCUUGUAAACUUGAUUUGUGAUUACACUGGACCAUCAUACGAUAUGGAAACCAGUGCUAAAAGCGUUAAACAGUCUCAGUCAAUACCUUCAGAUGAGAUUUCAAAUGAUCUUGAUUUACUAUCAUUUGAUCGAUCCGCAAAGGAGAAACAUAAACCUACCACAGAAGACAUUGACUUAUUCAACCUAAACACACCAGCAAACAUCGCGCACACGACUGCAAACAACCUUGGCGAGAAAGAGACGAACACUGUUGAUGACCCCUUCUCAUUCCUAGGAGAUACUCUCAAGGGUUACACAAAACCAUCACACCAAAUUGAUUUAUUAUAA